UUUGUGCGGCGUAACAAAAAAAAAAAAGAAAUGUCCGCGGCACGUUUGUACACAGGUUUUCGGUUAUUUUCCUCGAAUCCCGUUGGCGGCCAGCGCCUGGUCGAGGCCGUAGCGGUGACCAAGAACGGCCGCACCAUUGUGGCCUGGCAUCCGGAGCAGUCCUUCCCCUACGAGAACACCCAGCCGCUGCCCAAGAUUGUCGAGGCACAGAGCUCAUCGGUGGUCAAGGAGACGGCGCUGAACUCGGCAAUGCGGGCAUUCAAGAGCAAACAUCCGGAGGUGGCACGCCAGGAGCUCAUGAAGCUGACGCACACCACCAAGCACCGAUGGUUUCCGCGUGCCCGCGACAACAAGGCGAAGAAGACGCCGAUGGACCGGCCGUACCUGUAAACACCAACCAUUUACCGCAGCUUCACCAUGUGCAUUGCAUAAUGUCCAAAAUAAAUUCGUUUACGUUUAAUCCAA